GACAUGCCACGCUGUGGAUAAUAGGUCACUCGAUAUUACGUUUGCAGUUCCUUCAAACUGUAAAUUUGUUGUAGUUUUGUAUGAAAUUGUAUACCAAUGACUUAAAAACUGAUACACGAUAUUUUCCGACCAAAAAAAUUAACAGAUAAAGAAAGGAAUGAGUUCGAUCAACUCCACGUCCUCCAGCAGUACUACAGGAACUAGCUACAGCAAGGGUUCAAUCAACUCCAGGUCCUCUAGCAGUACAACAGGAACCAGUUACACUAGUGGUUCGAUUAACUCCAGGUCCUCAAGCAGUACAUCAGGAACCAGCUAUUCUAGUGGUUCAAUAAACUCCAGGUCGUCCAGCAGUACCACGAAGUCAAGUUCAACCAGCAGUACUGCUUCCUCUAGAUCAUUUAGUUGCAACGACAUUAUCCCAGGAAAUAGUUUCAACAGGAUCUUUCCUAAUAGUACAGCAGAUUCUAGGAUAACUGGUUCUCAUCAAACCAUGACAGUAGUAGUAGUAGAUGGACCGAUAACAGACCUGGGAAUUAUCCCAGAAUUCUUGAAGGAUGAGAGAAACUUUCUAGCUAAACAACAAGCCAGGUGGAUGUGGGUUAAAAAGAAAAAUGAUGAUUCAGAUUUGGAAUCUGAUUUCAAGAAGGAAAUGAAAGAGAAAGAAGAAGAAUCUACUGAUGAUACCAAUGAGGAGAAAGACUGGAUCGAAGGAAAGAGAUCAGGAGUAGAUGGGAAGAUUAGAAAAUUAGACGGGUCUGGACAAAAAAGGAAACGGAUUGUGUCAGAGAGAGAGGAAGAAACUCCAAACUUGCUGAAACCAAAGAAGAGAUUACGGGUUGAGAAUGGAGAAGAGAAAAAGGAUUUGGAUGUAUUGAAACCAAAUAUGGAGAUUAAAGAUGUGAAGGAGAAUGAAGGGGGAGAACUAGAUGAGCUAGAUGAGGAGGUGGAAAGAAAGGAUCCAAACAUCCAGAAGAAAAAGAUUGAAGUGAACAUCAGGAAUAUGUCUCGCAAGACAAAUGUUUCUGAUUCUAAGCUCAUGAAGAACCAAUACGAAUCUGACAAACCUCAGGAAUCUAAAAGCACGUUUGAAGAAUUUUUAGAAACCAUUGAUGUCAACAAAUACAAGAAAUCUAGCAACAUUCAAUCCAACCAAACCAAGGGAACUAAAGAGAAAGAAGUCAAAAUGACGGAAGAAACAGAGCAGAAACAGAAGAAGACAAUAAAGAAGGGCCUCAAUCAAAUAAAGAAUGAAGGGAAGAAAUCGAAUACAGAUAAAAAGAUCGAAUCCAUCCGAAAUCAGAAGACAGAGGAUCAAAGAAGUACAAAGAUUGAAGAGAAACUGAAGAAAUCCACAAAUUCUUAUGGAAAAAAUCCGCACUCUCCAAGGAUAAAAAAGUGCAGAGUGAACGUGAGAAAUGUUUGCAAAAAGAAGGGAUAUUCCAAACUGAACUCUCGAGUUGAAAAGUAUUUAAAGACAAACAUAAUGGAUUCACUGUACCUGGGUCGGUCUAAACCUCAGCCUGUUAAGAACGCAGUUUAUAAGUCUGGCAAUGAAAGAAACAAAGAGAAAAAGAUCAAGAGAGGCUUGCAGACAGAAAAUGAACAGGAAAAAUCUCGGGAAGUGACACAAACCAUGACCGAAGAUGAACAGCAGAAAUCGGUCGAACUGAGACAAAAGACAGAAAAUGAACAGGAAAAAUCUCAGGUGGUGACACAUACCAUGACCAAAGAUGAACAGCAGAAAUCGGUCGAACUGAGACAUAAGACACAAAAUGAACAGGAGAAAUCAGUCGAGGCUAAAUCUAAGGAGAUAGAAAUUAAACCAGAGAUAUCUGUUCAGCGUGAAGUCAAGAAAACUUCAGACCACAAAGAUAACAGCUCCAAGGAUCGUUUGAAUAAGAUUGCCGAAGAUUGUAAGAGAUCCGAGGAUCUUAAGAGAUCCGAGGAUCUCAAAAACAAGAGUAUAGAUAACAAUCAGAAGGAGGAUAAAGGAAAGAGCAAUAUAACUGAAAGGCCCGAACAAGAUUUACUCAAGAUAAAGGAUUGUUCCGGAGAAUGUCUGCAGUACCCUAAACUAAGGAAGUGUAAAGUGAACUUAAAAAAUAUCUGCAACAAGAAAGGAUAUUCCAAACUGAAAUCCAGAGUAGAAAAGUAUAGGAAAAUAAAUAGAAUGGAUUCAAUAUAUCUUGGUAGUUCUAAACCUGUGACUGGUUUAAACCCAGUAUAUGAACCGGACAACGGAGACUUUAAGAAAAUGUUGGAGAAAAUAAUGAAAAUGGAUAAAACGGGAAAAGUAAAAAAACGGAAAAGUAGCAAGAAAGAAGGUAAAAGAGAUGUUCUUAAUAAAAAGGAUAGCCACAAGAAAAAGGUUCAUGAUAAGAUCAAUGACAUCGUAACGGAUGAAAGCAAUGAGAAAGUGCUUUUCAAUAAGAAAGAUGUUCUAGAAAAUGAUGUCCAUAAUACAGAGAAAGGUGAAGAGAAGAAGGAUGUAAAUACAAAUAAAAUUCUAAAUGAGAAGGAUUUGAUUGGUUCAAAGGAGAUAGUUGAGUUGAAAAAGGUAAAUAAUCAGAGGAAGGCUCAGAAUGAGGAGAUGGAGGUUCUUGAUCAUCAAGUGAUAAACUCUGAGAAAGAAUGCUAUGCUGAUACAAAUGUCAUCAGAGAAGUAACUAACAAUAAGAGUGUUAUCGACCUCAAUACAGACUACAGUUCUUUGUUGAUUGCUUUACCUCUUGUAACUGAUGACUCUUCUCAUCAGGACGAUGUUAAAUUGACAAAAGACAGUCAGCCAAUUCACAAACCAUCUCCAGUAAAGAAGCGUUCAUCUCUUGAUCUCUUCCAGUUUUCAAUCAAAACUGAUGCCAGCUUUUUGCAGUAUUCUGGGCAACCAAUGAAAGAAGAUAUAUUAGUUAAAAAUACAAAAGCUAGGGAGAAAAUGAAAUCAGAGAAGAAAAAUGGAAUUCAAGUCUGCAAUCCAGAGAUGAAAGGUUGCCCUGGAAAGGUGGAAAAUUAUGGAGAAGAUAUUCAUCCUGGCUUGGAAAUAGUAAUGGUCAAACAACCUAAGACCGCUGAAAGGUUUUCAAUGAAUCCAAAACCUAAGAAUGGGGAAAGAUUUGAAAUGGAAGCCCAACCAAUGAAUGAGGAAAAAUAUAAAAUAGAAAAACAACUGAAGAAUGUAGAAAGAAUUCAAAUGGAUGCAGAACCCAAGAAUAAAGAAAGAUAUGAAAUAGAAACACAACCGAAGAAUGUAGAAAGAAUUCAAAUGGAUGCAGAACCCAAGAAUAAAGAAAGAUAUGAAAUAGAAACACAACCGAAGAAUGUAGAAAGAAUUCAAAUGGAUGCAGAACCCAAGAACGUAGAAAGAUUUGAUAAGGAAGCACAACCCAAGAAUGAAGAGAUGCCUCAAAAACCCUUGGAAUUGGCUGUAAGAAAGGAUAGACAUGAACCCAGUAAGAACCCCAAAAUCAAGAAUAACGGAAAAUGUAUGUCCAUCUUUAAAGGUUUGAUCAAGUCGAACAAAGAUAAGAAACGUAUAAGAAGCCCUGAAAAAUAUCCCAACCUCGCGGAUUUGGGAAAGUUCAAAGUGCCAAAACUUCUUAAGAAAAUAGAUCCUAGAUUGGCUAAAUCAUCUUUACACCGAUCAAGUGUGUCAGGUUCACUUACACUGUCAGGUUCAAAUAAAGAUUCGUUAGGCUCAAAAGUUCCAGCUACUAAUGGUUUUGGAGCCUUCUCUACAAAGGGUUCAUCUUCAAAGGGACCAGCAAAACCUUCGGCUACGGUAGUUUCUGGAUCGGCUUCAGCUACAGUAGUUUCAGCAUCAAGUCUGGAUCCUUCAAGUAGGGCUCAGGGUAUGAGUAACCUACCCAUCUCAGCUGAGGCAUUGAACUAUUGUAGAAGGAAGGGAAUAUCAACCAAGUCUAGUAGUUCUGAGCAGCUGAACAUGAUCUGUAGCAAACCGGAGACCCAGAGUACAUUGGAGGACCUACCCAUGAAAACCUACAGGGUCGAAGAUGAGAUAGAGCUCGGGGACUUGAAGGACCCUGGCUGGAAUAUUUUUAGAUCAAAAAGGACGGAAAAGGAACGUUUGAAAGUAACGCAGGAUAUUUUCCGUCUUCCCAGUCCGGCCAAUCCCUUGCAGAACCUUACCUACUAUGGAUACAGGAGAAGGAAGUCUGAAGAUCCUGAAACCAGGCGGAGAAAUGAUAGAAAAAUACUCCCAAGGAAUGGAUUUGAACUGGUGAAUGGUAGAGUGGUUCCUAGACCAGGAUACGGACUCAUGCAAGAUGGUUCUCUAGUAGAAAACCCGGUUGUGGAGAUCGACGAGAAAGACUCUAAGAUUAUUCCUUUCUCUGAGUUCCGAAGCAUAAUGUUGACCAGGUACCUGGAGAACUACUGCAAGUCCCGCAAGUACAUCAAGGCCACCCCGGCCGAGGAAAGGAACGCUGUUAGAAAUCUCGAUUUAUUUAUCAAGCAUUUUGAACAAGCAAUAUUGGAGCUAGAGGACUUUCUGAGCUUCUACCAGAAGAAGGAUAAGGUUGGAUUUUCGCAGAGGAUGGUUGAGGAUAUUUUAAACUCAGAGAACCAGUUCCUGGCAUUUCCAACCUACUACGGUCCCAAAUUAAAUCUGAACUGUAAACCUUGUAAAACCUCACAUUGGUUCUCUAUCUAAUCAUCGAGUCUGACAGCACUUGUUACUCCAUGUAUCUGUUCGAUGUGUAAAUUAUCACAUGUUAUUUUUUGUAAUUUUUUUAUGUCUUAUGUAAAUAAAUCAGUGAAUUUCUUUCA